AAUAUACGAAAGUAAACACUCGCUGCAAUAGUUAGCAAGCUACUUAACAGUUGAGCGUUGACGUGGUUUAAUAAAAUCCUUACAGUAUUUCCUUGUUUUCAUAAGCGACAUGAAGGAUACUAAAAUGAGUUCCCAUCUAUCGGGGGGCAGAUUAAACGUAGCACUAGUCCAAGAGACCAUGAGAAAGGAUUUAUUAAACCUUCUUCAGAUGUGUGAGGGUCCAAAAAUAACUAUUUGGGAUGAGUGGCUAGCGGGUCCAGUAGGUCUCGUAGCACAGUAUUCGUUGCUCAAGGAACAUGAAGUGGCUGAUAUGUUUUUGUUGAAGCCAGGAAGCCUGCCCACUAUUUCUGUAAAACACAUAGUUUUCAUUGCUAGAGCUAAGCUAGCAUUGAUGGACUUGGUUGCUGAUUAUAUUAAUUCACUCCGAUCCAAGCAAACCCACCCAGUAGAGUUCCACCUGUUCUUUGUGCCACGGAGGAGUGAGCUCUGCGAGAAGCACCUUGCAAACAGAGGAGUCCUGGCCAGCCUCACCAUACAGGAGUUCAAAUGUGACAUCUUCCCGUUUGACAGUGAUGUCAUGUCUUUGGAGCUGCAGAAUGAUUUUAGGGAGAACUAUCUGGAAGGCGACCCGACUUGUGCGUACCAAUCUGCGCUCGCGCUGCGCACGAUACAACAUUUGUACGGCAUCAUACCGCGCGUGUUUGGAAAAGGAGUUGCUGCUAAACAAGUAUGGGACCUACUUUGUCGGCUGAACAAGGAAGAGCAAGACGCUACAAAGGGAGCCACUACGUCUUGUAUAGACCAGCUGCUGCUCCUGGACCGCGCCGUGGACUUCACUAGCGUCAUGACCACGCAGCUUACGUACGAGGGACUUAUAGACGAGCUAUUUGGCAUCAAAGGUUCAACGGCGACAUUCCCCGCGCACAAGUUCAUGAGCUCCGAGGAGGCGAGUACCACCGAAAUUAAGGCGGGAGAGAAAAAACGCAUCAUUCUCAAUUCGGGGGAGGAACUGUUUGCUGAGCUACGGGACUGUAGUUUUAUUGCGGUCGGAGCAGCAAUAUCGAAGAAAGCGCGCAUAAUCAAAAACGAGCUAGACGAACGGCACCGCCAUCACGAGAAGUCAGUCCAGGAAAUCAAACAUUUCGUCAACCGCCUGCCUCAGAUGCUGGCCACCAAGCAGUCGGUGUUCACCCACACGGCCAUCGCUGAGUGUAUCAAGGAGACAACAGACUCAUUCGAGUUUCAAGACACGAUACGGUGCGAGGAAGACUUCCUGAACUGCAUUGAGAACGAAAAAGCGUGUCCCUUCAUUGAAGAUCUCAUCGCUCAGAACGCACCUCUCACUAAGGUCCUUCGCCUGAUCUGCCUCCAAUGUGUGACCGGCUCCGGCCUGAAGCCAAAAGUACUGGAAUAUUAUAAAAGAGAGCUGGUCCAAGUAUAUGGUCUCAUGGCGUGGCUCACUCUCUGCAACUUGGAGAAGUGUGGGCUGCUAAAGCCACAGUCGGGAGCGAGGCAGUAUGCAGUGUUGAGGAAGACCCUACAUCUAACGAUGGACGAGUCAGAGCUGGACAGCAAGGACAAGAGCUACCUGUCUAGCAAAUAUACACCUCUGACCGUGCGGCUUAGCGAGCACAUUGCCAAGAACAAGGGAUGGACUGGAAUCCAGGACAUGCUAGGCCUCCUCCCAGGCGCCACAAUAGACGAGCUUCAAACCCUACAACCACGCAGUGCGCGCCGCAACUCUUCCUCAAGCGAGACUUCAUCCUCUCUAGAAAGUCCCCGAGUGGUCCUGGUAUUCUUCAUUGGGGGAUGCACGUACCAUGAGAUCUCGGCGCUUAGAACUAUUAGCCAGAUGGAGGAUUCUAAUGUUGAGUUUGUUGUGUUGACUACCAAGUUGAUCAAUGGUACCACGUUUAUAGAGUCACUUAUGGAGGUGGAGUAAUUUUAGGCAGCGCCUUCCCCAAGAAUCCUAGGAUUUGUUUGUCAGGACUGAAAUGGAAUUGCAGGGACAGGACUGAAAUAUUGAAUUUGUUAUUCAUUCGUAGAGCCCCGAUUGAUUGUGGUGUGGCAUUCAUCCGUAAUGUCACGUAUUCACUAUAAACAAAUUUGCUUUGAAACAGUGUUGGUAAAUAAAGUUUCAAAGAAAAUGUAUGGUAUUCAUUACGAAACAUUGUUUAUGCUGCGGUGGCAGCAUGGUGCCAUUUUUAUCACUUGUCACUAUGCCUAUCACUAUCGCACUUACCUACCUGUUAGAACUUGACAGGCACGGUGACAGGCGUUGAAAAUGCGUCCGUGCUACCGCCGCUGGUUUAUAAACGAAAAUGUUUAUAGUGAAUAUGUGGCUUAAAAUUAACUACCAUACCAAGUUGAACAUUAACCACCAAACGAUCACUUGCAAUCGAUAUAUAAUAAUGCUACUUGAUGUCACUUGUUUGCUGUAAUUAUUAUUUCAAUUUUUUUUUUUUGUUUUUUGGUACAAUAUUUAAUUUUAGACCAUAAGCUUUUUGGAAAAAUGGCAAAUUAUUACAGUAUACAAUUCCUUAUAGCAAGUGUAAAAUUGAUUUAACUUGUUCUAUGUAUAGUCUAAAUGCUAUAAAAUUAUUCCUUUAGUGCCAUUUGCUGUAAAGUGUGAAUCAUAUAUUAUAGAAUGGCAUGUAACAUGUAUUAUUAUUUACAUUAAGAUUAUGUUAAGUACACCAAAGUUGUUAGUAAAUUUCGUAUUUUAGAUCAUUAUAAUGAGAUAUACACCUAUGAGUAUAUUUACCUAUACAUAAUUAUAUUGCUUGUUCAUAUAGAACUGUAUCUUAAAAGGAAAUAAACUUCAUGAUAUAUUU